AACGCUUUCAUCUGAAACGAGAAAGAUUAGUGAGAGAAAAAUUAUGGAGAAAAAGAAUUAUUCCAAUAAAAUUGUUAAAAAACCCGAGAGCAACGACAACAAUAUGAUGAAAUCUGCUAAGCUAAAGAAACUUGAGGAUCAGGUACGGAUUGGUGGCAAGGGAACGGCUCGUCGUAAGCAUAAGCAUGUCCAGCGGACUUCAGGCUUUGAUGACAAACGUUUGCAAAGUACAUUGCAAAAGUUGGCUUUGACUCCAAUAAGUGACAUACAAAAUACUACCUUAACUCUGGACGAUGGCCGAGAAAUGGUUAUCAACUCGCCCAAAGUUCAAGGGUCGGUAGUCUGUAAUAUGUAUACCUUUAGCGGUGAAAUGUUCGAGGUUCUGAUGAAAGUACCAAACAAUGAUUCCAUAACUUAUAAGGAUGAGCUACAACGUAACUUACAGCAGAAGAAGCAAAAGCAACCACUAGAGGAAGAUGAUGAAGCUGAAGAAAAAAUACCGCUGCUGGUGUCAACUGCAAGAAAAUUGGAGACCAUUCAAGAGGAGGAUUUGAUGUCAAACGAGGAGAUAUUGAAAUUAGCUUAUACCAAGAAAGUCGAGAUAAACUGCAACAAGGAAGGCAACUGUCAGAAAAAUAAUGUGCAGCAACAACAACCACAACAAGAGCAACUUUCAAAGGACAAGAAAAAGAAGAAACCCAAAAAACCACGUGAUCGCAUUCGAUCACGCAAUAAGACUGUGGGCGAUGGUCUCGAUAAGGCAAAUUAUACUAAAAGCCUUGUCCUAUUGGAUGGAGCCGGCGAUGGACCAGGAAAUCAUUUAAACCAGAAUCAAAGCAACUUAAAUUCAACUGAUUGCAUUUCGAAAGGGAAUCCGGAUAAAACAAAUAUUUUUUCCGAUAGUUCCGAUAAGGAACAGACCAUAGUCAGUGAUAAUGAUUCAUUUAUCACUCUAUGUCCCAGCGAAGGUUCCGAUAUGGAACAGACCUUAGCUGGUGAUAAUGAUUCAGUUAUCACUCUAUGUUCUCACGAUAAGGGCGAUAAUAAGAUCGUCUCCAAUGGUGAGAAGCAAAUUAUGGGUAAAUCCACUUCCCUAGAUGCUGAGGAGGUCAAAAAUGAAGCCGAAUAGACCUGUUGUCGAAAAAAGAAGGGAAGAAUAGGAGGUGCAGAUGGGUGGGUUUGGCCAGCUAAUCAGAUGACUCACUGGCGUUCCAACAGAAGAGUAUAAAUAUUCAAUUCGAAUCAAAUGAAUAAAAUCAAAUGAAUGCAACAAA